AUGUUGCGACGUGCCUCUUUGAUCUUCUAUUCCUUGUUCAUUACUACCUACUGGAUGAAUGUAGAAAGUAUGUCCUUUUCCUCCUUCGACCAUCUAGCAAAUUCACCACAACGUAAAGAUAGCCACACUGUCGACUUGAAAGCUCUUGUUCCGUCGGAAUCGUUGUGCAAUCCAAUGACAGAAACUAUGAAUACUCAAUGUUCGCCGAAUUCAAACUGUCGAUGCAUGCCUUUGUCAGCAAGUGAAUUUGUUGGUAUUUGUGCGAUACCAAGUAUUAGCUGUGCUUUUCUUACUCCCUGUGAACAAGAUCACGUAACUUGUUCCAAACCCUAUACAGUCUGCGUUCGAGGACAUUCUUGUAAUAAUUUUGAGCAACCAGUGUGUUAUCCAUUAAACUUAAUUGAUUCAGACAUAUGUCCACCUUUGUCAAUGGCAGAAAACAGAACAACGAUAUUUACAUCUACGAUAACAACAACUACAACUACUACCACCACAACUACAAAAUCAACAACUGUAGCAUUAACAACCUCGACGUUACCAUCAGUGAACUCGUGUAAAUGUUUGCAAUGGAACACAGUUGGAACAACCGUUGCUCGAGCGAUUCCUGGAGCAGCUCAACCAUUAAGACCAAUAGGUGCGGUAGCCGUAGAUAAUCAGACAAAUAUUUAUGUAGCAGAUUAUCAUAAUUACAGAAUUCAAAAGUUUAUUCCAGGGGAUUCAACUAUUCAGACAUUAGUUCAAAAUGGAACAUAUCUAACGAAUUAUGUAAAUGGACUUGUUCUUGAUCAUAAAAAACAGAAUUUAUAUUACUGUGAUGUAAGCAAAUACAGACUACAAAAAUUCUCCCUCAGUACUGGAAAUAUCACUACAGUGAUGGGUGGGACGGGAACAGGCACUGCUCUGAAUCAGAUUUCUAGUUGCCAGUAUUUCUAUGUUGACAGCAAUAACAAUAUUUUUGUAUCGGAUUCUAACAACCAUCGAGUGUUAAAAUUUACACCCGGUUCUGCAUACGGAAAAGUGGUUGCUGGAGAUAGUAGUGCUGGAGGAGACUAUUACCAUUUAAACUAUCCAACCGCCAUGUAUGUUGAUGAAACAACCUCUGGUAUUUAUAUUGUUGAUGCUAAAAAUAAUCGGCUUCAGCGAUGGAUUGACGGAGACUUUUGGACUGGUGGUGAAACACUAGCGACAAAUGCAAUCUUUAAUUCCGCUACAGGGCUUCUAUUAGAUCAAUGCGGAAAUCUAUACGUGUCGAAUCCUUCGAGUCACACGAUAUUAAAAUAUUCUUUGAGUGAUAUGCAAAAACCAGUCAUUAUUGCUGGUACAGGACAGGCUGGAGGAACAUCUACGCAGUUGACCAAUCCGCAAGGAAUAACCUUUGACAUAGAUUCCAACUUAUAUGUGUCUGAUUAUGGUAAUAGUCGAGUGCAAAAGUUUAAAGCGAAGCGUCAAACAAACUGUACCGCGAAAAAUGACAAACAAACAACGAGUCCUUAA